CGUGGACGCGAUUCGUUACGGUUCGUUCUAAGGGCAUCUAAUUGGCGGAAAAACAAUACUACGCUCGAUCGGGAAGAAACGAGAGAAUCACGCGAAAAACGGCAGAGUCGUAGAGGACUGUAGAGGACGUCGUUCAUUGAUAGAUAGGUACUACCGCGCUAGAGUAGCAGGUGUCGGAAUCGACUCAUAAAAGUGAAACAAAAGAAAAGUGGUGCCAGGGAGGCACAACACUUAUGUUUGAUUGCCUAAAUCCAUACACGAAACGAGCCGAACACGAGGAGAACCAGAUCCCGGUAGUAGCUGGUCCAUCCGCCCUCUGAAGCCGGCAAUCCGCGCGGUGCCGUAACACGUAACAUUGCCAUCAGCAGACCCGUCGAACCAGCCAGUCAGCCAGCUAGUCAGUUAGCAGCUUCAGUGAAUGGGCCCGGUCGUUGUUUCGUGGCCGCCGCGAAGUGAUAGCGAGAGUGAUUACGCGAUCGUCUGGUUUAACCAAGAAGGGGAACAGAAAGGAAACACUGGAAGAGGUUACGUGUUGGUGGAGUGAAGUGGAUUCUCCACGCGACUCCGAAAGGCAGGUCGGGAUCGUCUGAAUUUCGGGUGAACACACAUUGUUGAUCACACAAAGUGUAGAUACCCACGCACGGAAAGUGAAAGAACCGGUUCUCACCCGAACCCAAAACACAAUCAAGUUUAGUGUUUAGCAUAACCUACACGCGACGACUCGGCAGAUCAUGUGCAUCGGAAGAUCGUGACGAUUCGUGCAGGGAGCCAAAGCUAAACAGCUGAUGAGUUUCGGAGUGCUAACGACGAAGACGACGACGGGAAGCUUGCGUGUCUAUUGCAAGCCGAAGAAAGGUACACAAAUUGUUUGACAAUCGACCAAAACAUCAGCAACAGAAAAAAAACUAUGAAUGGCGUGCAGUUUUUGCGGCAGGGCGUUUCUCAACCAAUUUAUACUGCUGCUGCUGCUGCUGGACGACGCCGGCGGUGGUCCAUUGAUCGAUUGUUUGCCAUGGUUGGGGGAUGGACGUGGAUGUUGACGUUGCUAGGAUGUUGCGUCGCGGUAUCGAUUGAUCGUGAGUGGCCCGGGCCGGCGUCGUCGUCGUCAGGAAACGGUGGUAGCUUUAAUCGUUACUACAACGACGUGAUCGAGAAGGAUGAUUUGCGAGGAACCAUCAACCGACAGCUGCCGAAGCAGGGCAAAUUUUUCGAGGAAUUCGAUCGGAUGAUUCCACAAACCUGCCGGCACAAGGGUCGCAAGUUUGAAUGCGGCCUGUCGAUUUCGUGCGUCCUCGGGGGUGGAAAACCAGUCGAUCUGUGUUCCGGCGGAAUGAUCUGGUCCUGCUGCAUCGAUCGUGACUUCCAUCCAGAAAGUGAAUCCGAACAGGGAGCCGUCCAUAACGCAAGUGACAUAAUCAAUCUGUUCGAUUUCUAUCCGUCCUCAUCGUCGACCUCAUCCACGUCAUCAUCCUCAUCUUCGUCAUCUUCGUCACUGUCGUCAUCAUCCGGCGGCAAUCACUCACCGAGUCGUCCAUCGCAAUCGACUCCACUGUUUGCAAGUCCUGGAGGCACAAGCUUCCAGUCGAAGCCGCCCCAGUACCAUCACCAACAUCAUCCGUAUCCCACGGUGACCAGCACCCAGAAUCCACCGGAAUGGGGCUUCGAGGGCAAUCACCUGGGCAAUGGGCUAAACUCUCCAUUUGCAGUGCCUUUGAAGCCCUCCCAUUCAUCAUCGCAACACCAGCACCAACAUCAGCACCAGCAACAUCGUCCGCCCCCUCAGGCGCCACCCUUUGGAGUCGGAGGAGGAGGAGGGACGUUGCAUGACGAAAGUGAUCACGGCGGUCCCACGGCCAGUGCCAUCUACGGGGAACGGCCUUUCGGAUUCGGCGGCAAUCGACCCAGUCUUGGGUCUUCAAUUUUUAGCAGCGGCACCGGUCCCGGAACUUCCAAUGGCUUGGCCGGCCAUCGGCCUCCGAUUUAUAGCUAUCAGGGUUCCAACCAACAAGAAGACGAUGGAUAUGGAAUCGAAAAUGGUUGCGGAGAACUGUACACCCGAACAAACAGGAUAGUCGGAGGGCACUCAACGGGAUUUGGAACCCAUCCUUGGCAGGCGGCCCUCAUCAAGACCGGCUUCCUAACGAAAAAGCUGAGCUGUGGAGGAGCGUUGGUUUCGAAUCGUUGGGUCGUUACGGCAGCUCACUGCGUCGCUACGACCCCUAACAGUAAUCUGAAGGUGCGGCUUGGGGAAUGGGACGUUCGGGAUCAGGAUGAACGGUUGAACCACGAAGAGUACGGAAUUGAACGGAAGGAAGUUCAUCCGAGCUAUUCACCGAGCGAUUUUCGAAACGAUAUUGCACUGGUGAAACUUGACAGGAAAGUAGUUUUCCGGCAGCACAUUCUUCCCGUGUGCCUUCCACCGAAAUCGGUGAAGCUGGUCGGUAAAAUGGCCACCGUUGCCGGAUGGGGCCGAACUAGGCACGGUCAAAGUACGGUCCCCUCUGUGCUACAGGAGGUGGACGUCGAAGUGAUACCGAACGAGCGUUGUCAACGAUGGUUCCGAGCUGCGGGCCGGAGGGAAACUAUCCACGAUGUGUUCCUGUGUGCCGGCUACAAAGAAGGUGGCCGAGAUAGCUGUCAAGGUGACUCCGGAGGUCCCCUAACGUUAUCGUUAGAUGGGCGGAAAACUCUGAUCGGACUGGUGUCCUGGGGAAUCGGAUGCGGCCGGGAACAUCUUCCCGGAGUUUAUACCAACAUCCAGAAGUUUGUGCCUUGGGUAGAGAAAGUGAUGGGCAAGGAAUAUUCCUGAGCAUCUACCAACUCCUCGAAGGGAGAGGUUCCAAAAUAUAUGCAAAUGUAAAUAGUCAUCCAAACCAAGUUAGUUUCCUAGAUAGAGCGCGCUAGGUAAGACACAGAUAAGAUUUUUAAAUGGGAACGACAAUCGAUAGGCGAAGACAGAAUUUCAAAUCGCGCAAGAACCAGGUGCAAAAUAUCUGUUUUAGUAAAGUCAAAUGACUGCCUUUAGGACCGUAGUUUGUGCGAGCUUCUGUUGCAAGAUACAAGUAUUGCACGAGAAACGUAAUUUAUUAGUAACUUAUUUGUAAUGCAUAGAUAGAUUGGCUGUCGUUCAAAUAGGUUAAUAGACUUCUAAGAAAUAAUGAUUACCAUUCCAACGAAAAGUUUCUCUAGCAUGUAAGGCAUCCUGUGAAUGGUCUAAUAAAAAAUAAU